GGUGACUCAAGUUAGCCGCAGCGGCCGUAGCGGCCAACAUGCUCUAAGGCUAAGCCCUAGCAACCUUACAGUGGGGCCAAACCCCUCCAAACCCAAAAUUUCCUCAUCGCCAUCACAACGUCGCGGCAAGACGUGUUCCAACCAAACCAACAACGAAUAUCCUACUCCGGAUCGCCUUAUUUUGUUUGAGACAAUGGAAAUCCCUGAACCAGUGCUUCUGGACGACGACAGCAAGGCAGAGCUGGAAGAACUUGUCAAAAUUCCCGAAUAUGAAAUACGAAGGAGACCCCACACAGCACUCUCAAUCGUGACAAUGAAUGUGAAUCCUGCACAUGUCCAGAAAAUUGGAAAGCAUCUAAAACUGGAGGCUCCGCGGUACAUUAAGCUCUAUCGACGCGACAAUGAGGGCUUCAUAGGCACUGGACCGGUGAUCGCCAUACGAGUUCCACUUGAUGACGGCCGACGAGUGGACAUUGCGAGGGACCAGGAGUUACCAAGGAGUGAAUUGAAAUUCGGCUAUGCGUAUAAACUACCAUGGGCGCCUUGGGUUUCUGAUGCGGUUUACCUACUUUGCUUCCGAUGAAUGCAGGUCUCCGAGUACUCUUGUCAAUUCAAAGCUUGUGAUAUAGUCUAGGAGAUCAUGUUAUGCAAAUAGUUCAACUGAGCUGUCAGCCUGCCUAAACACAGGCAUAUAUUCCUCCAAACCUUCGAGAUCCCAUACCUCCAUGUCUUCGCAGUGAGGACCCAAGGGCAAGCUUCUAACAUCAGUCAACAUGCCUAACAAAGGGUCAUCUGUUCCGCCCAGCCCAUCUUGUUCCACGGUUUGCAUCAAUGAAGCGGCGGUCGGUUGUGGUGGAAGCGAUCGUGGAUGUUGUUCUGCCGCUGUGGAGUUAUGGUAGUCACUAAAUUGCGUAGCUGCCGAAGUUGUAGCUUGACUUCGAUGGUUUGGAUGUUGUUGUCGGCGAUGUCGGAGAAGGUUUGAACGGUUUGUGAAGUUCUUAUUGCAUAUUUGGCAGACUUCAUAGUGCUGCUUUUUGGUAUGAUCUUUAAGGUCAUCCUUUGUUUGAAAUACUUCGUCACAUUGCAUGCAAAGGUGUCCUCCGUGCAUGUCCAGAUAGUGCUGAUGCAUUCCCUUUGCCUUGAGUACCUGGUUACAGCUCUUGCAAUUUUGUUUCUUCGGACGAUUGCGACGACUGUGAAGAUUUCGCUGGGGUUGUUUGCUGCGUCCGAUGAUUGACUUUCCCUGAGCAGCUGCUGUCUGUUGUAUCUCAUCAGCGUCAUGUGUGCCAUUCGCGUCAUCUUUGUUGUCUGUCUCAAGCGUGUCGACCGUCUCUAGGUUUGCAUUGUGCAUCCUGCCAUCUGGUUCUCCGACAGAGCUUGCCAGCCGAGAGAUAACCCCCAUGAUCUCGGAGGCAUCGCUGUGUCCGCCCAUCACAAUUGGAUUCCUCCGGGCGGCUGUUGUCUGCUGCGUCUCAGUGUCGUUAGUGUUGUGUGUACCGUGCGAGUUGUUGAUCUCAUGCGUAUCGGGCAUUUCUUGAUUUAUGCCGUGUUCAGCGUCGUGCUUGUGAGUGUUAUGCGCGUUGUCUGCCUCAUAUGUAUCGAGCGUCUUCAAUUCACCAUGAGAGCUUGCUUGCCGAGAGACAACUCCCAUGAGCUUGGAGAAAUCCCGCUGCAGCUUAGAAAAAGCCUGCUCUAGUCCAGAGACUUUGUGGGUAAGGCAAACAUACUCAUUAUACUGUCGCAUGAGAAGGUAUGAACAGGUACCAUGGUCCGGAUUAUUGACUUGCUCCAUUGUGAAAGCUAGUUUGACAGAUUGAGAAUUCCAAAACGAUAGAUAAAUGAUCCUAAAAGAAAGUGUUUGGGGCUGCGACAACAAAUAGCUUAAGAAGUUGGAACUUCAUAGCCGGCUAAGCCAAAUUGGAUAGUUGUACCCACUUCCCCAUCCCGUCACGCGCCCCCACACGCUAAUGCACCACCUUCACAUCGCUAUGCACCUCGACAAAAUCGAACCCGAGGGUCCGAGAGAUAUCAAUUUGGAUCCCCGAGCGCUGUCGCUGUGUAAAACAAACAAUGGUGCCCUCGUACACCUCAUCGCGAUAAAUAGAGUCUCGGUGCUGGGGAAGUGGUAAGUUUGCAGGUGGCAGCGUGCCAAGCAUUGACAUGGCCCGAGACGCCGAGAAAUCGGUCGAUUGUAGCCCCAUACUCCAUGGUGAGUGCUUAUUUCGGCGAUAAACAGGACUUGGGCACUGAGGAAGCCCUAAGUCUGAGGUUGGCAGCAUUCCUGGCAAAGACCAUGGGGAAGUCGAGUCAUUAGUCGAUUGCAGCCCGUGGUCCCAUAGCAAGGGUUCUUCUUUAUGGUGAAAGCUUGGGCGCUGAGGAAGUUCUAAGUUUGUAGAUGUCGGUAUUCCAGAAGAGAGUGUUAGCUUCGGGGUUGAGGUAGUUGCUUUGAUCCAUUCCCAACAAUAAAAAAAAAACCCCUUUAGAAUGAGUAUGAAAGAUGAAAGUGUGGUCCUAAUCCGACUCCAACAACCAGCAUGCAAGCCAUCAUCAUCAAAGCCAUCAUCGGAGAAACGGGAUACGUUGAUGAAUGAAUUGGGCAUGUUGUCAGUGGGCUGACUGGAAAGCUAUCAAAUUCAUUGUGGAAUUGCGACAUCUUUCCUUUCAACGGGCGCCAGAAUGAGAAACUGCUUCGAGUUAUAGACUUCUGCGCAAGACUUUGUGCGAUAGAAUUGCUUCACUGGAAGAUCAACAUAGGAUUAGUGUAAGACUCUGUAACGUGUAAUAAUGAGAGAAAAAAAAGAAAAAAUUGCCAUGCGUAAGAUUUGUAAAUGUAAUGUAAGAUCAAUUGUAAGUGUAAGAUUGGUGAAAGAUCAUGUAAAC